AUGUCCGCCUUCAAACGAGCGAAGUUGGACGACUUGCCAUCGGAACAAAUAAUUGGAACGCACUCGGGGACAUUUCAAGCCGACGAAGCGAUGGGGGUAUUUAUGCUACGCCAAGUUUCGAAGUACAGGAACAGUAAAGUGGUCCGAUCCCGUGAUUUGGAGGUGCUCGACAAACUGGAUAUCGUGAUCGACGUUGGCGGUAUUUACGAUCAUACUAAACUACGGUACGAUCACCACCAACGAAACUACGAUGAGCGAUUUGAUGCAGGUAAGGAAGGGACGGCAGCGCGCUGCACCAAGUUGUCUGCUUCUGGAUUGGUCUACCGGCACUACGGCAAGCAAGUGCUCAAGGCAUACUACCCGGAUCUUUCGGACGAUUAUUUGCAACUAGCGUACGACAAGCUAUACAAUUCUCUUUUAGAAGCCCUAGAUGCCAUUGAUACCGGGGUAGAAAUGGCUCCUGACGGAACAGAGUUAGUGUACAAGGACACCACUGGACUUGCCAGUCGUGUCGGUCGAUUGAAUCCGCGUUGGAAUGAAGUCGACGAGAGCGGGAACACUCCCAACCACGACGAGCGAUUUGAAAAGGCGGUCGACAUUUGCGGCCAAGACUUUCUUUCGGUCAUGACUGUGAUCGUCGAAAGUGAUAUUCCUGCUCGUGAUUUUGUGGAACGUGCUUUACUGAAGCGACACGAAACGGAUCCAUCGGGAGAGAUUCUCUGCCUUGAAUCUGGUGGCCUCCCCUGGCGCAAUCAUCUAUACGAGCUCGAGAAAAUCCAUGCCGUAGAGCCCAUUGUCAAAUUUGUUCUAUACACGGAUGUUUCGGGUAUGUGGCGGGUACAGGCAGUUACCGUACAAGGUAAAGCGUUCGAAAACCGCCUGAGUCUGCCUGCAGAAUGGAGAGGUGUCCGCGAUCAAGACCUUGAGUCCGUGACCAAAAUUUCGGGAUCGCGUUUUGUCCACGCUGCAGGCUUUAUCGGCGGAGCAGAAACUUACGAGGGAGUGCUGAAAAUGGCGCAGGUUGCUUUGACUCGCCAGAAAAAGACUAGCGGAUAG